GAUAAAGCUUAUUUAAUUGUGGCCUUUCCUUCUCCUUUAAAUCUAAAUAAACAGGUAGCGCUUGUACAUCCCCUAUUCACACUGACGCCCGACCUGACACGCAUCCGUUUCCCAGCCAGGCCAGGUGACUGAAAGUGUAACCCCUUUCCUGCAGCUUCACUACAGAGAAUCAGUCGCCCUCACAAGAGUUCCAUCAGGAAGUCCAACUAGGCGAUACUGCAUUACAAUGAAAUAGAUCCGGUCUGCGGCAGGACGUGUUGAGUCAGUGAGAUUUUGUCCUUACGCCGUGAUGCUUCCGACCGGCACUUUCCUUCCUGCUUCCGACAUUUCGUGCGCUCCGCCUCUCUGCCUCCCCCGCAGCUCCUCCCAAGGUUUAGCGCCUGCGCAGCGCAUCUUCCUCUCAACCGCCAGUGUCUGUUUGAACAGGAAGGCGGACAUGUUUGUGGAGAAUCUGUGAGCAAGGAGGAUCGGCCACCACAAAGCUGUACAGCAAAGGAAAUACCGAGGUUUUUUUCCAGGCCCUGUACAACGCCAGGCGGGGGAAGCAAGAAGCGCUUGUGGUACUGCAGGCCUAACGAGCUGAGAUAUGAUGAUGAGGCGGCGGGGAGGCGAGUGAGAAGGAGGAGGGGGCACAGGACACACUAGGGGGUGCUGCUUGCGGGUGACAGGACUCUCUGUAGCAAGGCCGGAGCCGGGAGCUGUCACGGUGCUCUAUUUGAGCUGUCACCUGCUCUGCGUUCUUCUCGCUGCUUUCAGGGUGUGUGCGACUAUCCCCGGGGCGGGGAGGGGUUGGCCCAGGCCUGUGUUUAUGUGUCCGGAGGCCCUAGGAGAGGAUGCCGGGGCCCAUCACACCACACAGCCGGCCCAUGAAGCGGGGGUGAGGGGCGCACGGACAAUCAUCUCUGUGAAAGGAGGGAGGAUUGGGGACAGACGCCGCGCACUUCUACACAGAUACGGGCGCACCCACAUAUAGUGCCCCCCUCCGGCACAGCCCAUUCUCACCAUGUCUACCGGGGAGAACUUCGAGUCCCGCUGCGGGAGAAUUGAUAGCAUCUUACGCGAUCCAAAGUCUGAGGUGAACUCCGACUGUCUGCUGGACGGAUUGGAUGCUAUGGUAUAUGAUUUAGAUUUUCCCGCCAUGAGAAAAAACAAGAACAUUGACAAUUUUUUAAACCGUUAUAAAGACACCAUAAGUAAAAUUCGAGAUUUACGUAUGAAAGCUGAUGAUUAUGAAGUGGUAAAGGUGAUUGGCAGAGGAGCAUUUGGUGAAGUUCAGUUGGUAAGACAUAAAUCAUCACGGAAGGUCUAUGCAAUGAAGCUUUUGAGUAAGCUGGAAAUGAUAAAGCGAUCAGACUCUGCAUUUUUUUGGGAAGAACGGGACAUCAUGGCCUUUUCCAAUAGCCCAUGGGUCGUGCAGUUAUUCUACGCUUUUCAAGAUGAUCGUUAUCUUUAUAUGGUUAUGGAAUACAUGCCAGGGGGAGAUCUUGUAAAUUUAAUGAGUAAUUAUGAUGUCCCUGAAAAAUGGGCCCGGUUUUAUACGGCCGAAGUAGUUUUAUCCUUAGAUGCCAUUCACUCAAUGGGCUUCAUUCACAGAGAUGUGAAGCCUGAUAAUAUGCUGCUGGAUAAGUCUGGACAUUUAAAACUAGCUGAUUUCGGUACAUGUAUGAAGAUGAAUAGGGAAGGAAUGGUACAAUGUGACACUGCUGUUGGAACUCCUGAUUACAUUUCCCCAGAAGUGCUGAAAUCCCAGGGAGGUGAUGGCUACUAUGGGCGAGAAUGUGAUUGGUGGUCAGUUGGUGUCUUCUUAUAUGAAAUGCUUGUUGGAGAUACACCCUUUUAUGCUGACUCACUGGUUGGGACAUACAGCAAAAUAAUGAAUCACAAGAACUCACUCACAUUUCCGGAGGAUAGCGAUAUCUCCAAAGAAGCAAAAAACCUGAUAUGUGCAUUCCUUACUGACAGGGAAGUCAGGCUGGGACGAAAUGGGGUGGAAGAAAUUAAACGACAUCCUUUUUUCAAGAAUGACCAGUGGGCAUGGGAAACUCUUCGAGACACUGUAGCCCCUGUUGUCCCUGAUCUAAUUAGCGACAUUGACACAAGCAAUUUUGACGACUUGGAGGAAGAUAAAGGUGAUGAAGAAACAUUUCCAAUGCCUAAAGCUUUUGUUGGCAACCAACUACCCUUCGUAGGAUUUACUUACUACAAUAAUAGACAGUACUUAGAUGAUCCUUCAGCAAAGCCCAACGACAACAGAAGCAGCUCCAUAGUAGAUAAAAACCUGGUUGAAAACUUACAGAAGAAUAUAUAUCAACUUGAAGAACAACUACAUAAUGAAAUGCAGUUAAAGGACGAGAUGGAGCAAAAGUGCAGAUUGUCAAAUAUAAAGUUAGACAAAAUAAUGAAGGAACUGGAUGAAGAGGGAAAUCAACGAAAAAACUUGGAAUCGCUAGUAACUCAGACUGAGAAGGAAAACAUGAUUCUGCAGCAUAAGAUAAAUGAAUACCAAAGAAAGGCAGAACAAGACAGUGAAAAAAGGAGGAAUGUGGAAAAUGAAGUGUCUACUUUAAAGGACCAGCUAGAUGACAUGAAGAAAAUAAGCCAGACGUCUCACAUUACAAAUGAAAAGAUAGCACAGCUACAAAAACAAUUGGAAGAAGCAAAUGACUUGCUAAGGACAGAGUCUGAUACUGCAGUAAGACUACGAAAGAGUCAAACAGAGAUGUGCAAGACUGUGAGCCAGUUAGAAGCCCUUAACAGGGAGCUACAAGAAAGGUGCAGAUUAUUGGAAAGUACUAAAUCGCAAGUGGAGAAAGACUAUUUUCAUUUACAAGCAGCCUUGGAUUCAGAGCGCAGGGACAGAAGUCAAGGAUCUGAAAUGAUUGGUGAUCUGCAAGCUCGAAUGGCAUCCUUACAAGAGGAGUUAAAACAUGUAAAAAAUAACCUUGAAAUGGCCGAAUCGGAGAGAAAACGGGCACAGGAUUUACUUAAUAGCUCUGAAAAGGAAAAAAAUAACCUAGAAAUUGACUUGAAUUACCAACUAAAAACAUUGCAGCAGAUGCUUGAACAGGAGACUAAUGAGCAUAAGGUAACCAAGGCAAGGUUAAGUGACAGACACCAGUCGUUUGAAGAGGAAAAGUCAGUUGCUAUGUGUGAAAUGGAAGUGAAAGUGAAAGUGGAAAGGGCAGCAAAAGAGAAAGCAGAGAAUCGACGUGUGGAGAUAGAGAAGCAGUGUUCAAUGCUUGACUUUGACCUGAAGCAGUCUCACCAAAAAAUAGAGCACCUUACUCAGCAGAGAGAGAGGCUGGAAGAGGAGGUAAAGCAAAUAACAUUGCAGCUGGAGCAAGAGACAAAGAAAAGGAUUGUGACACAGAAUGAAAUGAAUCAGCAAGCAGGUCUAGUGGAUACUUUGAAGGGUUCUGAAAAACAGUUAAAGCAAGAAAUAAAUACAUUAUUGGAAGCUAAAAGGCUGUUGGAGUUUGAACUUGGGCAGCUAACAAAGCAGUACAGAGGAAAUGAGGGCCAAAUGCGGGAGCUCCAGGAUCAACUUGAAGCAGAGCAGUACUUCUCUACCCUUUACAAAACUCAGGUCAGGGAGCUGAAAGAAGAAGUUGAAGAGAAGACUAAACAUAGUCAAGAAUUUGAGAAGAGGAUGCAUGAACUUUACAAUGAGAAGGACACCCUGACAGCACAGUUGGAUCUGGCAGUAACUAAAGCUGAAUCAGUACAGCUUGCACGGGCCCUCCUGGAAGAACAGUAUUUUGAACUCAACCAAGAGAAUAAAAAACUGUCUGCAAGAAGUUGGCAAGAUAGUGCAGAGAAGGACCAUACAAUUCGCAAGUUGGAAGAAACAAAUAGCACCUUAACCAAAGACGUUCAGACUCUAACAAAAGCUAAUGAAGAGCUCAGUGAAAAAGUUAGAAAGCUCGAACAAGAAUACAAGGAGAAAGAAGAAGAAAUAUUCAACUUAAGAAAUUCAUAUGAAAAGGCUAUUAACACUGAAAAAACACUUAAAACACAGGCUGUGAACAAACUUGCUGAAAUUAUGAAUCGGAAGGACUUUAAAUUGGAUAGAAAGAAAGCUAACACGCAAGAUUUGAGGAAGAAAGAAAAAGAAAACCGAAAGCUUCAACUUGAUCUUAACCAAGAGAAAGAGAAAUAUAACCAGAUGGUUGCAAAGUACCAGAAAGAGCUGGAUGAGAAUAUGUUGCAAUUGACUGACGAGAGCAAUUAUAAAAAUGAGCUCCAGAUGCAGCUGGACAGCAAAGAAAGUGAUAUUGAGCAAUUACGUGCCAGGCUGGCAGAUCUCCAGCUGCGGAUGGACUCGACCAGUGUUGCCAGCCUACAGCCGGAUGAUACAGAUGGCAUAAUAGGUGAAUCAAGAAUUGAAGGCUGGCUCUCUAUACCAAACAGAGGAAACAUUAAACGAUAUGGAUGGAAGAAGCAGUAUGUUGUGGUGAGCAGUAAAAAGAUUCUGUUUUACAAUGAUGAACAGAAUAAGGAACAAUCAAACCCAUCCAUGGUGCUUGACAUAGAUAAGCUUUUCCAUGUCCGUGCUGUUACACAAGGGGAUGUAUACAGAGCCAACACUGAAGAGAUUCCAAGGAUAUUUCAGAUACUCUAUGCCAAUGAGGGAGAGUGUAGGAAAGAUGUGGAACUGGAGCCUGUCCAGCAAACAGAGAAGACGAAUUUUCUCAAUCAUAAAGGCCAUGAGUUUAUUCCAACACUUUACCACUUUCCAGCAAAUUGCGAAGCAUGCGCCAAACCUUUGUGGCAUGUUUUCAAGCCCCCUCCAGCACUUGAAUGCCGAAAAUGCCAUGUCAAAUGUCACAAAGAUCACUUGGAUAAAAAUGAGGAAUUGAUCUCCCCCUGCAAAGUGAGCUAUGAUGAAACGUCUGCAAGACAUAUGCUUUUGCUGGCAUACACGCAGGAAGAACAGACAAAAUGGGUGUCGCAUCUAGUGAAGAAAAUCCCCAAAACCCCACCUCCUACAUUAGUUCGGGGAAAUCAGAGAACAAUGUCUACUAGGUCUUCAACAAACCAGUCCUUCCGAAAGCCUGCAAAAACUUCAUCUGGAAAAGCCAGCUAAUAAUGCUUCCCCAACAUGUGGUGCCUUGGCUCCGGCUUUGAAAGAGUGGUGCAAAAAGAGACUGGAAUUCACAGAGAUCACAGGCUUCAGGGCUAGACUGCAGUUCUACUUCCCCCUUGCUUUGGCACAGAGAAUGCUGUGAGGGUCUUUUAUUGCGGGUUUGCCUUAAGGUAGAUUUAGAUGAGUUAUUACUAUGUAAUGCAAUUAAAACAAGGCUUAGCUACAUAUAUAUAUUCAUAUAUAUAUUUAUUAUAUUAAAAUCACUAUCAAUCAGAAGUAGUUUCGGAUAUCUACAGAAGCCUGUCUGUGAUGAUGGAAUGCAGUUUUGCAUAAACACACAAUGGAGAGUAGUCAUCCUAACUAAGCUGCAAUGUAUGCCACAGGCAAAGCACACAGAGCAGUACCUCAAGAUGAGAAGAACAGAGAUUUCUUCAUAGUUUCUUGGUGUUCCUCAAAGACUUUACCUUUCUUUUGGAAGAAGCUAAGUGACCCUUGAACUAUAUAUAUAGUGCCUUUGCUGUUCAGCUCCUGACAGUCUUAUUGCAGAGCAACAUAAAGAGGGUGAGAAGUGAUCCUCUUUCAGGACCUGCAGUGUACUAUUCAAUUGGUUAAAAGGUCAAGAUGACAUUUUUGUUUUUUUUUUAACUAUGCAUUUUAUUUUUUGCCAAGCCAUAUUGAUUUGAGUUUUAUACAGAGGCAUUAUAAACUAACAGUAAAAGACCAUUUUAUGCGUU